AUGACUCCGCGGCGCUCCUCCGGGGGCCCUCCGUGUGCGUUUGAGGAGAACAAAAAAGCGAGCGAGCGAGCCGAGCGGGGGAGCGAGCGAGGGAGCCGAUCCGAGAGCGAGCGAGCCGCCGGGCGCUGCCUCGCCAGACCUCGCCGGGACCGCGGGGCCGCCGGGAGCCGCGGGCCCGGCGCGCACUGUGACUCGGCGAGCGCGCGUGCCCGGCCGCCCCUCCUCGGCGAACUCCCUCAUGUUGCAGCCCCGCGGCGCCCCCUCGACGACAAGCUGUGCGCAGUCUGCACGGCGCCCGGCGGCGGAGCUUCAUGUGGGGCUGCAGCCGGCGCCCUGCUGAGGGAUCGGACCCCCGAAUCACCACCCCCACCCUACUCUCGGCUGUCUCCUUGUGACGAGUACAAGCCACUGGAUCUAUCCGAUUCCACACUGUCAUACACUGAAACGGAGCCCGCCAGCACCCUCAUCACUGCUCCCGGCGAAUUGUCAGAUGCCAGCAUGUCUCCAGAUGCCACGAAGCCGAGCCACUGGUGCAGCGUGGCGUACUGGGAGCACCGGACGAGAGUGGGCCGCCUCUACGCGGUGUACGACCAGGCCGUCAGCAUCUUCUACGACCUACCUCAGGGCAGCGGCUUCUGCCUGGGCCAGCUCAGCCUGGAGCAGCGCAGCGAGUCCGUACGGCGAACGCGCAGCAAGAUCGGCUUCGGCAUCCUGCUCAGCAAGGAGCCCGACGGCGUGUGGGCCUACAACCGCGGCGAGCACCCCAUCUUCGUCAACUCCCCGACGCUGGAUGCUCCCGGUGGCCGUGCCCUUGUGGUGCGCAAGGUGCCGCCAGGCUACUCCAUCAAGGUGUUCGACUUUGAGCGCUCGGGCCUGCUCCAGCACGGGCCGGAGCCAGACGCCGCCGACGGCCCCUACGACCCCAACAGUGUCCGCAUCAGCUUUGCCAAGGGCUGGGGGCCCUGCUACUCGAGGCAGUUCAUCACCUCCUGUCCCUGCUGGCUCGAGAUUCUCCUGAACAACCACAGAUAGCGGUGGCUGCAGAGGCCGGCGCCCCGUGCGGGGGGGCUCAGGCAGGGCGGCUGCAGCCCACCUGCCUGCCUGCCUGCCUGCCCGUAGCCAGUGGGGUCAGAGCCCAGAGACAUUGUUCCGCCGCCGCCGAAACCCCCAAAUAUCAUCUACCUAGAUUUAAUAUAAAGUUUUAUAUAUUAUAUGGAAAUAUAUAUUAUACUUGUAAUUAUGGAGUCAUUUUUACAAUGUAAUUAUUUAUGUAUGGUGCAAUGUGUGUAUAUGGACAAAACAAGAAGAUGCACUUUGGCUUAUAAUUCUUUCAAUACAGAUAUAUUUUCUUUCUCUUCCUCUUUCUUCCUCUUUAUUUUUUAAGAAAAUGAUACAGCAGAGCUAGGUGGAAAAGCCUUGGCUUGGUGUAUGGUUUUUGAAAUAUUAAUACCCAGCCAAAAAGCUAAUACUGGUCACUUGUUGAUAAUAAAGUAUUUGCAUUAUA